AUGGCAUUUUUUGAAACGAAUAUUUCUUCCUACCCUUAUCGAAAGUGUCAAGCUUCUUAUCCAAAAUCAAGAUAUGCUCGUCUUAUCACACCCCAUAAAGGCAUUGAUAAAGAUGGUUAUGCCAAAGCCUUUCUUGGUAACAUUGCGUCUGGUAGUGUUUCUGGUGCUGUUUCUUUGACUUUUGUGUACUCGCCUGAUUAUAUUAGAAUUCGUCUCUCUAACGGUGCUAAGAAUGCUAAAAAAGGAGGUAAACGUCAAUUUCAUGGUCUCAUCGAUGUCUAUCACAAAACACUUAAGUCAGAUGGUAUCAUUGGUCUUUACAGAGGUACAGUAUUUUUUUAA